AUGUCCGACCGUCCAAGGAGGUCGGCCCGCAACUCGAGCUACAACUCGCCCGCCCACACCCCAGCCCCCACCACUGCUGCCACAUCCACACCAUCCUCCCGCCUCGUCAGCCAGCACCAGCACCAGCACCAGCACCAUGCCACCCCCUCUGCAGCAGUAGCAGCAGCGGCACAGCGGACGUCCCAGUACCACCAGCUGCCGCCUCAGCCCCAUCAACUGGCCCACCACUCUGCCCAUGCCACUCCCGGCCCAAGCAGAACCGCCAGUGCAGCAGGCCAUCACCCGCCCCAAACCCCCUACUUCAACGUCCAGCAACCACCACAGCAGCAGCCUCACCUCCACCAGCCGCACCACUCGCACCCCCAGCAGCAUCCUCAGUACGCAGCACCCCAACCUCACAUGACCUACCAGCUCCCGCAGGCCUGGACCCUCUCGAGGGGCGCCGCCCCCAUCCUCCCCUUCACCCCCCUCGUCCCGCCCCUACCCGCCAACUUCCCCAGCACCUCGUCCCACCCCGCCCGCCACGUCCCGCAGGCCAUCUACACCACCUUUCCCUCGCGCAUGCGUGCAGGCAUCACCACCCUCAUGCAGCCCAUGCAGCCAAACGACCUCAUCGACCCGCUCGCACGGCCCCUCGAUCCGCUCUCGACCCCACUCCACGAGUCCCGGUUCGACUACGGCACCCCAGGCGCCUCUGCUGCCAGCCUCCUCCGCUCCACCAACCGCACCUCGAGGCGCAGGGCCGCUGCCGGCUACAUCCGAUACGCAGAGGCCGAAGACUCGGGCGAGGACUUUGACGACGAACUCGCAGCCGCAACGCCCACCGACGACGACGCCCAGGCAUCCCGCGGCCUCAAGCGCAAACUCACCGGCCUCGACACGCCAGACGGCUUUGCGCCUUCUGGGCUGCCAGACGAGCAGGGGCAGGUUGGCGGCGAUGAGGAGGAGGAGGAGGAGGAAGAGGGCUUCCGAUCCUACCUCGGCCUGCCGCCGCCGGGCAACAAGGUCGUGGCGCGCCGCAUGUUCCGCCCCACGGCCCACCUCUACCACGACGAUGAGGAGCUGCACAAGCAGGCGCUCCGCAACGAGGUCCUCGUCCCCAUCCGCAUCGAACUCGAGACCGAGACCCACCGCAUCAAGGACACCUUCACCUGGAACAUGAACGAGAAGCUCAUCUCGCCGCUCCACUUUGCCCGCCUGCUCCUCGAGGACCUCGACCUGCCCCUCGAGCCGUACCAGGCGCAGAUCGCCCACAUGAUCACGCAGCAGGUCGAAGAGGCCAUCGGCGUCGCCGACAUCGAGAUGGAACCCGCAGCCGGCGGCAUCUGGAGCCCCGCCAGGCUCGAGGCAAAGGAGGGCGAGCUGGCCCUCACGGAAGAGGAAAAGGCCCAGUACGACCCAGACGAGGAGGACGUCAAGGAGGCCAGGCAGUGGGACUGGGGCCUGGCGCGGCUCGACCCGGAGCAGAAGGACUGGCGGCUGCGCAUGCAGAAGCGCCUCAAGACGGGCGAGGGCCUCGGCACCAUCGAGGACGACAUGAGGGUCAUUGUCGAUUACGAGGUGCAGAUCCUGCGCCACUCGCUGCGCGACCGGCUCGAGUGGGACCUCUGCUCGCCGCUGACUCCCGAGUCGUUCGCGACGCAGCUCUGCAAGGACCUCGGGCUGACGGGCGAGGCGCUCUCGCUCAUUUCCAACUCGGUGCGCGAGCAGCUGCUCAACCACAAGCGCGCCGCGCUCGAGCUGGGCCUGCUGGGCACGGGCAAGCUGUUCCGGGACAAGGAGGCCGAGAUUGUCGAGGCGGGCGAAGAGGUGCUGCGGGAGCGGGCGGAAAAGAUGCGGCGGAGGCUCGAGGGCACGGCGACCGUGUCUGGCACCGAGACGCCGAGGAGCGAGAACGAGGGCGAGGGCACCGACGUCGAGGUCCAGACGCCGACGUCGGCCAUGCAGCAAGACGAAGAUGGCGGCGGCCAAGAGGCAGGUCUGGCGGUCACGACGCGGGCCACGCCCACACCGACGCCGACACCAACACCAACACCGGCAGCGCAACCGGCCGAGGCGGGCGACGGGCAAGACUCGGAGACGGAAGAGGUCGAGACGCUGCACCUCACCGCCCCGGCCACGGCGGCGGGCACGGCAGCGCCGACGCGCGAGCCCUCGACGACGCCUGCGCCGACGUCGACGUCGACACCGGCCGUCUCUACGCCAGUAGUGGGCGGUGCAGGCGGAGCGACGAGGACUUCAUCGCGCCUUGCCGCCGCCGCUGCCGGUGGUGUUGGAGGGGGGAGCGGCGCUUCGGGUGCCGCGGCGGCGACGGGGGACGAAGAGCCACGGCCAUCGGCGGCGCAGCGGCUGGCGUCUGCGUCGCUCGUGGUGCGCGACAUCCUGUCCAAGGGCGCGAGGCCGAUGGAGGGCGUGUGGCGGGACUAUGUCGAGAGCCGCGAGUUUGGACCGCUCCUCGAGCGCCUCUCGGACGAGGACCUGCAAAAGGUCGAAGAGGCAAACGUCCGCGCUUCCAGGCGCAACCGCCGCGAAGCGCAGCGCGGGUACGCCACGUCGGGCAGGAGAAGGAGGUAG